ACAAUGUUAAGAUUUCCAUGGUAAAUGAGUACGAGGAGGGUAAAGUUUCCGACUUUUUUCGAGACUUUUUUGUUGCCCGUUAGGGCUUCCUCUUUGGCACUUCUUCGAAGCUCUUCGUCGCAGGUCUGCCUUCUUCCGCAUCUUCCAUUGUUCUACCGCCUUCCAGGCUUCCACCCGCAGCUUCCCUCGCCGUCACCCAUUCGCAGGAGAUAUACCCAAUUAUAUCAGUAGGUACAGUGGUUAGGAUCGAUGGUGAUGAUGAUGACAACCUAUUUGCUGUUUUUACAGCCCUUACUAUGGAUAGAUGAUAGGGCCUAGUAAGGAAACAGAGAGGGUUAGAUAGAGCGAGAGAGGGAGACAAACAGAACGGGAGAGGCAGCGGUCACCCACACCGGACUCUUCCCUUGCAUCGUCGGUGCCGGAUAGGCAACGUGCAGCGCGUGCGGGCGCGCCUCAAGCGCGUCUGUGUGACAUAGUUAUUGUAGGUAACGACUAGUCGUUAGCCAUGGUUCGGAGCAUCAAGAAGAAGAAACAAUCGCAAAAGAAAUCAAAGGCUCAGAAAAAGGGGGAUGGACCUUCCACACAGAGCAUAGCCCCUUCAAAGGUUUGGCGGCCUGGUGUGGAUGCAAUGGAAGAAGAUGAGGAACUUCAAUGCGACCCAUCGGCAUAUGACUCCCUUCAUGCAUUUACUGUUGAUUGGCCUUCCUUGAGCUUCGACAUUCUGCGAGAUGACCUGGGAUUGACACGUAAAGAAUUUCCUCAUACCUUGUAUUGUGUAUCUGGUACUCAGGCAGAUCAAGCAUCUAAGAACUUUAUUAGGAUAAUGAGGCUCUCCAAUAUCUCGGGAAGGAAAAGAAAGCUAGUGCCAGAACAAUUGGAAGAUAAUGAGGAUGACUCUGAUAGUGAUGAGGAUGAAGAUGAUGAUGAGAGUGGUUCGUCCAAUAGUCCUACCUUGCAGGUGCGUUUGGUAGCUCAUCAGGGGUCUGUCAAUCGAAUCCGCUCAAUGUGUCAGCAACCACAUAUAUGUGCAACAUGGGCAGAUAAUGGCUUUGUUCAGGUGUGGGACUUCUCGGCACACCUUAAUUCCUUAGUAGCAUCAGAUCCAAGAGUGCACACUGGAGCAGCAGAAAUCACUCGUCAAGCGCCAUUGCAAAUAUUUAAUGGACAUAAAGAUGAGGGCUAUGCAAUGGACUGGAGCCGUCAAACUCCUGGAAAGCUUGUAACUGGUGAUUGCAAGAGUUGUAUUCAUCUUUGGACUCCUACGACUGGUGGGAAAUGGGUGAUAGAUAGAAAUCCAUUCACUGGUCACACGGCUAGUGUUGAAGAUCUUCAGUGGAGUCCGUCCGAAGAUAAUGUUUUUGCUUCCUGCUCUGUGGAUGGGCGGAUUGCUAUCUGGGAUUGUCGUGAAAACAACCGCUCAGCUGCAGCAUAUAUAAAUGCUCAUAGUACAGAUGUCAAUGUCAUAUCAUGGAAUCGGCUUGCUAGUUGCAUGCUUGCUUCAGGCAGUGAUGAUGGUAGCUUUUCUAUUUGGGAUCUGAGAGGAAUCCAGAGGCAAGAUUUCUCACCUGUAGCUCAUUUUCAAUACCAUAAGAAGCCAAUUACAUCAAUCGAGUGGAGUCCUCAUGAUAUGUCCGUGCUUUCUGUUUCAUCGUCGGAUAAUCAGCUGACGAUUUGGGACUUCUCUUUGGAAAGAGAUGCUGAAGAGGAGGAUGAGUUUAAAGCAAAGGUGAAAGACCAGGCAAAUGCCCCUGAAGAUCUACCGCCCCAGCUUCUCUUUGUUCAUCAGGGCCAAAAGGAUUUGAAGGAGUUGCAUUGGCAUAGUCAGAUCCCCGGGAUGAUUAUGUCUACUUCUGCAGAUGGUUUCAACGUUUUCAUACCAUCGAAUCUGGAGAAGACCCUAGCAGAUUAGAUUUCUGAGCAGACUGUAUACGGUGUGUCUGAGGAAACAGUUGCAGCCAUUUUGGCCAAUUUUAAUAUUAUUCGCGUCAAUUUUGUGAUCAGUGAGCGGUCUAGCAGGAUUUAAAUAAAAUUAUAUACAGGUUUCUUCUUC